AACUCCGCAUUAACAUCGUCAUGCAUUGAUCGAUAUACUGGGAUCUUUUGGCCAAGUAGUUAAAUCCUACCAUAAUUGAUUCAAACGAACGUAACAGGCACCCUUUAAUAAACAUCACAACGUCCGGCCAUGAAGCAAACACUCUUGCUAUCAGCUCUGUGCAUUUUUUCCUCGUUUAUUUUCGUUAACGGAGAUGUUGCCUCGGACUGGAUCAUGUUCUACAGGAGCAUUUUUAACCAAUAUAACAAGUACAGUUUUCCGAGAGUAAAACAAAGCCAUACAGUUGAUGUAACCCUCUCUUACUAUCUAAAUGGCAUCAACAACUUUGACGAGGUUGCAGGGGAGUUAAAAACGGUCGGAUUUCUGAAAGUUGAAUGGAAAAAUGAACUUGCCAGAUGGGCCGAGCAACCCGGGGGAAUGUCAGCCGCCAUUACCGAUACCAUGAUUCCCAUUUCAGAUCUCUGGUUUCCUCCUCUCGCUCUCGUCAACUCAGUCAAUUCUCUUGCUGUGCUUGGAUCAUCCGAAGAUUUGGUCGCGGUUCAGAAUACCGGAGAGAAUGUGUGGCGACCUGCCGUUAUUCUGUCCUCUUCGUGCUCCACAAAUCCGCUUUAUUUUCCUUUUGAUACCCAGACCUGUAACUUGACUUUCCGAGCUUGGGAUCACAUCCAAUCGGAAAUCACUCUUAAAGCUACAGAUACAAAAGUGAGACUGGACUUUUUCUCUCCAAGUGAGCAAUGGGAGUUGAGGGAUACGGAGAUAAUAUCGUGGGAGCGAGAAGACAUCUCUUAUCUAACAUUUUCAUUGAAGAUACGAAGAAUCCCUCUUUGGUUUGUUAUAAACAUGGCGGCACCUAUAGGAUUAUUAGGGCUUCUGACCACUUUUGUCUUUUUACUUCCAAUCGAGGAGGGUCGUGUCGGAUACGCAUUGGGUUCUUUUCUGACAUUUUCUGUCUAUCUAUCGUAUAUCAUAGACAGUUUACCUAGGACUUCGGACCCCAUGUCCUAUCUGACAAUAUACAUUGUUAUUCAGGUAAUAAUGAGCGGAAGUGUGUCGUGCAUAUCCGUAUUUACCGUUAAACUCUACAUGAAAGAUGAAGAGGCAAGAAUCCCGAACUACAUGGCGCUCUGUAUCGGCUUUAUCUGCUGUAAAUUCUGUUCAAAGGACGAAGAGAUUGAGAAAGAGAAAACAGCAGCCGAACUUGAAGAAAAGGAAAAUGAUAACUUAGGGUUUUCUCCGGACGAAGAAAAUGAAAACCAACAAAAUCAAGAGUCAUCACCACAGCCGGAAGAACUACCGACGAGUUCGAAAUUUGGCGUUCCAAACAUUAAGUGGAAACCCAUGGACGCAGACGGCGCCGAAAUCUGUCCGGACGAAGAUCGCAUCGCAUUUCUCAACGUGGAAGUCCCGAGAGUUGGAUGGAAAAUGGUUGCAAAAACUAUCGAUAUUAUCUUUUUCUUGGGUACAAUCGCAGCACAUACCGUCCUCGCCUUCUUUUUCCUGUUGCCAAUUGUUAUACAAUAUUAAUUAUAUGAAAAUGUGAGAUGGGUCGGAUGAACUUGAUCAAAACCAGUGUUUCUGUCUGGUGUUAUAAAUUGUUGGGUUUUUUUUUUACACUUGAAGAUAAUUUUGUUGUAAAUAAAUCCGAAGAUUAAUUAAAAUUGUAAUGCUAAAGGUAGGAUGGGUGGCUUGUUUCAGAAUAUUAAAAUUUGGAUGAUGAACAAAACGUUACGGCCUAGAUAUCCAGAAAUAAGUUGCUGUGUAAUCCAUUUUAACCAUAUUUGAGUGAAAGGAGGAGAGAUGAAUUACAGUUACUUUCCGUUUGCAUGUUAAUUCUAGUGUAUGGCAAAAGCAAUAUUGUCACAUAUAAUUUUUGUAUCAUUCAAACCGAUAUAAGAUUCAUUACGAUUUAAAACUUUAUAUUUUUAUUCUGAGCUUAAAAGAUUCUUUAAUGAGAACCAGAAUUUUUUAAAAACUUUCUUCUGUUGAUGUUUUGAAUUAAUAAACAAUUGAAUUGA